CUACAAUCUCAGCUGCUCGUUAAUCAAUGACAGCGUUGCGACACAUCGGCGGUGUUGACGGCAGUUGACGUGUCUCCGUCAACACAACAAUGGCGGAUGCCGUGGAGGAACCUCUACAGGGCAGCUGGAACCAGGAUCUAGCUGAAGCACUAGACUCCGGUGGUUCUGAUAUGGAGCUGGAGCGAGGCAUCAUCCAGGUUCAGGAGAACGCCACUCAACAUAAAGCUAAAAUGUGGAAGAUCGCUCUAAACGUAUCUGGGAAAGGAGACAGCUUGUCCCCCUGGGACGGCGUCCUGGAUUUACCAGAACAGACGCUGAUUCACAACCGCAGUCAACAGCUGAUUGACCAGUUGGAUGUGUCAGAGGAAGAGAGGAGUGAUAUGGUGUCUGAUGUGGAGUCAGUCAUCACUUUCUACUGUAAGUCCCGCAACAUUACCUUCACCCCAGAGCUGAGCUGGCCACACCUGCUCAAACCACUCCUGGCCCUCCAUCUUCCACGCAGUGACCUCUACAACUGCUUCUACGCCAUCAUGAAUAAAUACAUCCCUAGGGACUGUGUGCCAAAGGGCCGACCCUUCCACCUGUACAGACUCCUGCUGCAGUAUCAUGAACCUGAACUCUGCUCCUUCUUGGACACCAAAAAGAUCACACCCGACUCCUACGCCAUCAACUGGCUGGGCAGUCUAUUUUCCAGCCACUGCCUUCCUGAUGUUACCCAGACCUUGUGGGACUCCUACCUCCAGCAAGCUGACCCGUUCCUUAUUUUCUUCCUCCUCCUCAUCAUCCUUGUCAAUGCCAAAGAGUCCAUCCUUGCACAAGAAGCAGACAGCAAGGAGGACAUCAUCAAAAUGCUAGAAGCUUUUCCUUCUCUCCUGGAGUCUGAGGACAUUGAAGAUUUGUUUUCUCUGGCCCAGUAUUACCAGAGCAAGACCCCUUUGUCACUCAGAAAGAUGAACCAGAAUCUGUUUGGUAGCAGCCUGGUGGCCCUGAAAGAAGAAGACACUGACCUGAGUCAGGCUCUGUGUCUCCCGGUGUCUGUCCCUGAAAUCCUGCAGGCCAACCAGCUGCAGCAGGAUGGAGUGCGCUUCUUUGUGGUGGACUGCCGGCCUGCAGAACAGUACAACGCCGGGCACCUGUCCACAGCCUUUCACCUGGAUUCGGACCUUAUGCUCCAGAACCCAUCAGAGUUUGCUCUCUCUGUGAAAUCCCUGUUGGAGGCACAAAAGCAGUCGUUGGAGUCCGGUUCCAUCGCCAGCGGAGAGCACCUUUGCUUCAUGGGCAGUGGAAGAGAGGAAGAGGACAUGUACAUGAACAUGGUGUUGGCUCAUUUCCUGCAGAAAAACAAAGAAUAUGUAAGCAUUGCUAAAGGAGGCUUCAUGGCUCUACAGAAACAUCUGGUGGACAUGAACAUUGAAGGCCUCGACUCCUCAUACGUCCACUGGAUUGUCAGCACAUCAGGAUCUCACAGCAGCCUCAGCUCUGCUGAUGGUGAGUCUCUGAGCAGCCCGGGGGACAGCAAAGGUGUCAAGUCUUUGGUCAACAAAAUGACAUUUGCUCUCAAGUCCAAGUCGGUGAACGUGAAAGAGAAGAUGAUCAGCUUCAUUGAGAACACCUCUGCUCCUGUAGACAGAAUAUCUUUCACUCUGCCCUGGCCAGAGAAGGUGAUUCCAGAUCGGCACGUGAGCAGCAGCGACCGCGUCGGCAAACCCUACCGCGGAGUGAAGCCUGUGUUCAGUAUUGGCGACGAAGAAGAGUAUGAUACAGACGAGAUCGACAGCUCAUCCAUGUCAGACGAUGACAGAAAGGAGAUCGUCAACAUUCAGACUUGGGUAAACAAACCAGAUGUAAAGCAUCACAUUCCAUGUAACGAGGUGAAAGAAACAGGCCACAUGUUCCCCAGUCACCUGCUGGUCACAGCCACUCACAUGUACUGCCUGAGAGAGAUCGCCUCACGCAAAGGUUUUGCCUACAUCCAGUCCAGACAAGCACUGAACUCGGUAGUGAAGAUCACAUCCAAAAAGAAACACCCAGAACUGAUCACCUUCAAGUUUGGCAGCAACAACUCAACUGGAGUGGAGAUAUCAGCAGUGGAGAGAUAUUUGAUACCCAACGCAGGUGAUGCGACCAAAGUCAUUAAGCAGCAGAUCAUGAAAGUCCUGGAUGCUCUGGAAAGCUCAUAAAAUCGAGAUGCCUGGCGAAGAUUGGGAACCAUGAAAGCCUGCUGUGACGCACACCUUAAGAGUCUACGUCUGCCAAGAGUGAAAUCUUCUCCUGCUUAUCCUAAUGGACUAAUCCAGUGCAGUGUUGACUGUGUCUGUGUUGGGGACAAGGGUGAAUCUCCCACUGACUGCAGACCAGUGGGGGGUGUGUGUGUGUGUGUGUGCGUGCGUGCGCGCGCGCGUGUGUGCGUGCGUGUGUAUAAAUACUUAGGUGCUCCACAAUCAUCCAACCAAUAUUUUACACUAAAAAGACUAGAUAUUGUUUAUAGUGUAUGAUUUCUUUACUCUUGAUAGAACAUGGAAUCUCAUUACAAUUACAGUGCAGUUCCACUUCGGUGAUCUCCCUCUGGCCUUAACGUAGCGUACUGACCAACGAGUGGCAACAAUGUUCAUGACUGACCUUUUUUUCUUUUUUUAAUAUUCUAUUAUUUGAGCAUCUCAGUUCUGACCCAUUGCUCUUGUAGUGAAUGGAUUCAUUUACUUUCCACAUGCUUCGUGUAGGUUUCCAGAUGUUUAUUUUGGCCAGGAAGUGUCAGCACGAGCCAACCGACAUGAAGAUACGCAGCCCUCUGAAUAAGCAGCGCUGGCAGGUUUCCUACCGCAACAGCCGUUUUUGAUAACCUUUCUCCAGCAGGCCGCCUUAAAUAGCAGUUAUUUGAGGGUGUUUUCUAAGUAUUUGAUGUAUAUAUUGUGUAAACGGCUCUAUUUCAGCACAGACCUUUUGAAAUGUUAUUUUGAAAGCAUAUGCUGAUAUGCAGGAAACACAAACCACGGUUUUGAAGUCCCCCUUCUUUCUAGAACGAGUUUCUGGCGGAUAAUUUCCUUCUACGCUUUUACAUAUGCUAAUGAAUUCUCCUCAUCUCCUAGCAGUCUGAUGUAGCUCUCAGAAAGCACCACACGCAGCCCCUCUGGACUACAUUAGUGUUCCAACAAGAGGUUCAGUAAUUGUCAUUAAAAGCCUGAGCACCUCAGUAUUUUUCCAUCGCUCUCGAAUGGAGUACAUGAAAGUCUUUUCCGAGUUGCUAUAUGAAAGCAUCUAUGUGAUUAUGUUAGCAUGUGUACAGUUAGUACUGUAAAUGCUAAUAGGUAAAUACCCACUGAGAAUGAAAAGAUGGAUGUAAGGACUUUGCUUUUCACUAAGCACAGCUUCCAAAGGAAGGAACAUCAUUUGUCAUAUCUGUGUUAAGAGAUCAUUUUGUCUUGUCCAUUGUAUUGAGUGCAAACUAAACAGCUUGUUUGCCACUGCUGCCUUUGGCCUCAUGCCUGUGAUGUGUGAUAUUGGCACCAGCAGUGGCAUCAUAUGCCAGUACGUUCUCUGCUAGUUUUUUUAAAUUUUGUUUGUUUUCCUAGUUUUGCUCCUGCUUCCAUGUACAUUUUAAUAAUUAUCUAGUGUGGCCUGGGUUAAACACGCCAGUCCAGGAAGGCCUGAGUAAAACUUAAGGUGUGUUCAGGAGAUGAGCAAGACAAACUUAAAUCGGAUGGUUCAUAAACCUGGUCUUUCGUCACUCCAGUCUUUCAUACCAUUCCUGUGUAACAUCAUGCAUUGUGUUGUAAUUUUGUGAUAUUUUUCAGUAUUGACUGAACUUUACUUUGUAACAUCGGUGGCAAAGGAUAUUGACCACUAGUUGAAAUGCAAGUGUAAUUUGCACCUUACUGUACUGCUGUUAUUUUCUAAGCAUUUCUGUUUUUAAUAAAUGGAAAUUAUUUGACUGCA